CAAAAUCCACAAGAAGCCACUUUGACUGUCCUCUCUCCUCUUACCUUCUGCCGUCAGCACCAGCAAGCAGCAGCAGGGAUGGUGUCGCGGAAGCGCGUGUCCGCAGCGGCAGCGCUGGCCAGCAUGGUGGUCACACUCGCUAUCGUCCUUACCACACUUGAUAGCGCUAGAGCUCGGGAGCUGAUGCUGUUUAACAUCAGUGCCAGUGCCAUAUCCAACGCUGUGGCAUACAGCCAUCCACGGGUGCGCUUGCAGUUUGCUGUGGUGCAAAACCAGAGCGCCGGGGGAACCCAGCACGAUGGGAUGUUCACGACGACAGCAGCAACAGCAGACACAGACCUCAACGCCACAAGAUCAACAGCACAGUGGCCGCAGCCACUCCCUGCCCUCUGCAUCACAACUACGGGAAACAUGACGUCUCUGAAUGUGAGCCUGUACUCUGCGAGCGAAAACAUUGCGGGUGGCAGCGCUGUCUUGACUGGCGAGCAGGGCAGCAGGCAUAUCAAUCUCUUCAACGUAACCCGUCACCAGCAACACCUCGCCAACAUCACAAUCUCCUUCAUGCACACAGACACAACCUGUCAGUCUGCAGGCCAGACCACAGCGGGCACCCAAACAACAAUAGCACCAACAGCGACAACAACAGCAACCACCAGCAACCCGAUCCCUGCCGGGAGCGGUGGCGGUGGCAGCGACACGGGUGUCAUAGUUGGCGCUGUUGUUGGCGCGCUUGUCGCAUGUGCACUCGUUGUGGGCGCUGUUAUCAUGAUGCGGCGCAAGCGCAAGGGCAAGGCAUCGCAUGUGCUCCGCACAGUCUUUCCUCCACCAGAAUCCUCGUCUUCGUCUUCCGUUCCGCAUUCCACUUCACCCUCAGCGGCUGCGCCAACUACAGUCCAUCACAACCCCACCUUCGAUGCUGGGAAUGCGAAUGGCACCAUGUCCAAGACAAACACGUUGUCCCGCGCGCCACAGCCGUUGCCGGAAUCGGUUUACGGGGACGCGCAUCUGCCACCAUCGCCACAACUCAGCGCAAAGCAGAAGGGCAGGGAUCAGAUCCAUGCAGGCAACGGCGCAGGCAGGACAGGCAUCACGGCGCAUGAUGGCUACGUCAACUCCAAGCAGCUCUCCGAAACAUGGCAUAGGCAACAACAGCAGCCGCAUCAGCAGCAGCAGCACACUCAAUUACCAGAGGACGAGCUGCUUGGCAGCGUGAGCCAUUAUGGCGGUGACGGUGACGUCCACAUGCAUGCGGCGUCAGCGGCGCUGCCUGGUGCGAACAUGGGCUAUGACGAAGAAAUCGUCGGCGGAAGAUACAUGCUGCGAGACAGCGAGGGCGGGUUUGACCACAAGGAGGCGUUUGUGCCUGCAGGCGUGCUGGAGAACCUUCCUGGUUUGGGUGAUGUAUAUCACGAAGACUACGAUGAUGUUCCCUCCAACGGCCGGGGUGACACGACAGAGGUUGCGUAUCACGAGUUCGCUGUCGACAGGCGUGGCACAGGCACAGGCUUGCCUGAAGCUGUAACAGCCGGCGCCCACCACAGCACCCAGGACGCUGACGUGCUGUAUGAUGACGUGCCUGCAGGCAGUCGCGCCCGCACGGUUACCAGCUCCGCUGGCGGUGGCUGGACCGCAGACAGCACGUACAGUGCUGUAUCCGGCGGGGCAGGGCUGGACCUCGCACCAAGCAAGUACGACUCCCUGCGCAAGGGCAAGGUGCACCUCACGAGCACCCACUACAAUGUGCUGCAUAAGCCAUCCGACACGGAUCAGCCCAUGUCUGCGGUACAAGCCCACACCCCAGUGCCGCAGACAGCAGCUGGGACCGCAGGCCCUCGCCUUCGUGCACGCACAACCACAUCUCGGCCCAGCAACGGCCCCCAUCAUCGACAGCAGCAACAACGACAGCAGCAACAGCAUCAGCAACAACGGCAGCGGCAGCAACAACAACAGCGGCACAGUGGACAUUUUGACACUCAUCAGUUCUCAGCAGUGCCGGCUCUGGGCAGCAAGAGCGCAACCCUACAGCCACGCUCUCGAGCACAUUCACGACAACGACCACAGUUGGCGGCACGCGGCAGCCACCCUGUGCCUGCAAGCACGGAGGACGGUGGAGAAACCCGUGCUCGCAGUGUGACGGCUUCGCGUGUCAUGCCAUCUUCAAUGCCUGCCACGCACGCCACCGAACAGCCAGUCGCACAGGCUCGCGAGACGCAAUCAAGACCAACACCACACCCACAACAACAACAACACCAACCACAACAACAGCAGCAGCAACCACAACAAGAACAGCAGCAACCACAACAACAGCAGCAGCAGCGCCCUUCGACAGGUGGUGCGGAUGAGGAUGUGAUAUAUGAUGACCACUACGACGUGCCAAAAGUGCAAUCAUCACCGCACGCGCCCUGCACAACUGGCGCAGAGGCAAGCGGGAACUAUGACGUCCCACGCGUGGUGCCACAGCAGCAGCAACAACAACAACAACAGCAACAGCAACAGCAACAACAACAACAGAGGCAGCAGCCAGUCGUAACCACGCAUCACUACAGCAACAUGCCAGCUCCUACCUCACCAUCCACCAGCACAACUGCGCCAUCAACAAGUGCAACGACGGCCGGCCUACUCAGUGAAGAUGAGUCAUACGAUGUGCCGCGAGUGGUGGACCUGUCGCCUUCUGCCUCCUCAUCGGCGUCGUCGCCAGCGUCUUCCGUGCCGCCCCCGCUUGCACCACGUCGCCGCACCGUGUCAUUGCAGGACGAUGCUGGCACAUAUACGAACGAGGCCAUGUUACAGCAGCAGCACUUGCGCCAACAGCAGCAGCAGCAGCAGCAGCAGCCAGUUGUCGGUGUUCAGCUGCGCCCGAGUGGUAUUCGCCGCCAACGGCCGGCCAGCACUGCCGAUGGCUACGAUGUGCCGCGUGGCGUCGGCGUGCAGCGGCACAGCCGCGGGCCGGUGUCGUCGUCCAGGCUAUCCACGUCAUCGGCUGGCAGUGGCAGUGGCCGUGGGCAGGAGGCUGUGUUCACUCCCACGAGCCCGGCUGCUCGGGCAUCCAGUUCCAGCGAAUCAGAGGCACCACCGCCUCCAGUCCCCUCCCGACCGCGACGCCCUCGGCCAGCAUCGCUCUCGUCUUCAUAGCUCUUUCACGUGCGCAUGUCUUGUGUUAACUUGUUCGUGUGUGUGUGCGCGCGCUCUGUGUAUUUGCAUGAGCGCCCUGUGUGAGUGUGUGUGUGUGAGAGAGAGAGAGAGAGAGAGAGAGAGAGAGUGUGUGUGUGUGUGUGUGUGUG